CAUUGAUGGGUCGAUGGUUAUGAGGAUCGGACAAGGCAAGAAGCAUGGACGGUACUGGCUUGGUGAUGGCACCCUUGAGUCCAGCUCUGUUCCCACCCUCUCCCAGAUCCGAGCAGAGACCCCGAGCGGAGGCCCAGCCAUACGCCAACGGCCGUCUCCUUCACAGCAGCGGGUCGAUGAACUUAAGGCCGAGAACGAGAGGAUGGCUCAGGAGCUGCGGGACCUAGCGGCGAGGACCGAGCUCGCCGAGCGGGAAAGAGAGGCUGAGCGGGCCGAGCGCGAAAGACAAGCCAAGCAGCUAGCGGAGAUUACGGCGUUUUUGCAGAGCUUUGGGCAAGUCAACGGUGUAGAUGUGCCACAGUUCGCUCCACCGCCGCUACUUCUAGCUAGUCCUCCUCCGUCGGCGGGUUCAAAUAACCCAUCUCAGGCGCAAGCAGGCGACGGCGCUUUUCCUUCACCGGGCACUCAGUUUCCCCCCCACCUCUAGUUUGUUUCUCUUUUUCACGACUUGAUGGACAUGUGAUGCACUGUGAACGACUAUCGACUUGUGAUGAUGGAUAUUGGAACUAUUAUGUUUGCGAUGUCGUGUAUGCAUGUGA